AUGUGCACCAGUAAUUCCACUAAAAAGACUUACUGGACUGGGGUCCGAAAUAGAGUGCGCUCUGCAGGUGAGAGUGGUUGGAUUGUAAGAGAUGGAGGGCAUGCCUCUGCCAAUUGCUUUGGAGCCCUAGGUGAAACUGUUUGCUGGGAACUUGCCCCCCCUAUCGGUUAUUCAGAUGGUGGGGAGCUCAAGAUCAGGUUGGGAACAAAAGUUCAUAAAAAGAUAGAACAACUUAUUUUGGCCCAGUACCCAGAGCUCAACAAUCACCCUGUUGCUCUCCCUGAAAAUUGGGGUGAGCUAGCACUCAACCCCCAUACUGAGUCUGAGUCGCUUCUACAAAUGGUCUUUGCCUUACUAAAUCAAACAACUCCCUCCCUUGCAGAGGAUUGCUGGCUUUGCCUCCAAUCUGGACCUCCUUGGCUGCUUGCAGUGGUCUUUAAUGAUGCAAUUACAGAUGCCCCUGCUACUAUAAAAGAUUGCUUGGCCACAUUUCCCAUCCAUGUCCAGCUCCUCCCAAUGUCACUUUCUGGGGCUUGCAUUUGGACCCCGCCUACUACUGAUAAAUCCAGUAUAGAUGUGGGCUACAUUGAUCCGUCUUUCUGUAAAUCAAAUACAACCAAAUCUAAUACUCAACGCUACCCACCUUCUGGAAUGGUCUUUGUCUGUGGAGGUGGGAUGGAAUAUGACUUCCUGCCCACCAAAUGGACAGGCCUUUGUGCCCCAGCCACCUUGAUUCCUGGUGUGGAUAUUAUUCCCGGGGAGGAGGCUCUUCCUCUGCCCUCUUUUGAUUACUUUGCCAGGAGACCAAAGAGGGCCAUACAGACGAUUACUUUACUUGUUGGCUUGGGAAUAUCUGCAGGUAUGGGCACUGGGGCUGCAGGGCUAGGCAUGGCAUUUGAGCUCCACAGACAGCUCUCUGUCCAAUUGGUUAGUGACAUAAAGGCUGUAUCUAGUACUAUCCUUGAUCUCCAGAAGCAGCUUGAUUCCCUGGAUAAUGUAGUCUUACAGAACCGAAGGGGAUUAGACAUAUUAACAGCUGAAAAGGGAGGCAUAUACUUGUUUUUACAGGAAAAGUGCGAUUUUUAUGUCAAUAGAUCAGGAAUCAUUCAGGACAAGAUCAAAAGGCUUCAGGAGGACUUGGGGAGGAGAUGGCAGGACCUCCUGCACAACCUGCUGUGGACUGGCUUAAAUGGCUUCUUACCCUAUAUCAUCCCCUGCUUGCGCCUCCUCCUCCUCCUUAUCCUCACUAUUGGGCCCUGA